AACUGUUCCUCUGUCAGCUCCUGGACGGAACUCGGCGCUCUAACGAGAUGAGUAAAAUCAUUCUGUACGAAAAUCCCGACUUUACAGGGAAGCAGAAGGAAUUUGUGAACGAUGUUCAAGAUCUUGCUGUUGAGAACUUCACGAAUGCUGUCCGCUCGAUCAGAGUGAUUGGCCGGCACUGGGUGGUGUACGACGGCACAAACUUCAAGGGGGAUUUCAAGGUGUUUGGUCCAGGAGACCACGGAAAACUGGACUACCUGGAUCGUGCGAUUAGCUCUUUGCGCCUGGUGAAGGAAAAUUUGCUCAACCCGGAGAUCGUUCUGUGCGAACACGUCGACUAUGGGGGCAUGACCCGCAGCAUUAAGGAAACGACGGAUGAUCUGUCGAAAUCCGGCUUCGACAACCUCGUCUCUUCCCAUAAGGUGAAGGAGGGCGUGUGGAUUCUGUACCAGGAUCUCAACCAGAAAGGGCCGAGACUCAUCACCUUCCAGGGUGACGAAUGGACCGACUAUCGCCAGUUCGGUUGGAAUGACAAGCUGUCCUCAGUCAAGGCCUUGUUGAAAAGCGACUUCGAGGUUUGAGGAGUCUCGUACUGGUGUCCCGCUUUCAGCCGCAGCUCCAAACCCCAGAGUCUUGUUGGAUGGAUCUGGGCCAUCGCUUUCCUG